AUGACUCACUUACUGAUCCUUGGCGGUUUAGACGAGAGUGCAAACGGUGGCUACAGCAGACGAAGUAGUUAUUUUGGAGAUCGAGGAGGGGGAUAUGGCAACCAUCGGAUCGGGGGAUACAACGAACAAGCCAACUAUUCGAACCACCGCCUGGCCCCGUCAAGGCCUGAUAGUUUUGCUGAAAGCUAUGGCGGGGGCAAUUAUAACGGAUAUAAUAACGGCUACAACAAUAACAACAGCAACAAUAAUAGUAACAAUGGCUACCAUCCACGGACCCCUCGUCAUGGUGGACGAAUGAAUCCUGACCAGCACAUGCAGGGAUACAAUAACAUCAACAACAACAAGAACAACAACAACAACAGCUAUCAGUCCCAGCAGCAACCACAGUAUCCGCCAGGUGAUAAUUGUAACUAUCCAUCCCCCUUAGGCGCCGGGGCGGAUGCAUAUGCAGACCCAAACAACACCGGGGAUGACAACAGCAAUCCGCCCUACCGACAACAACCACAACAACUACCACCACAACCACCACCACACCAACAGAACCAGCACCAGUCCCCCCGCCACCAAACCCUCGCAGAAACAUACGGCUUCAACGGCUUCGGCGACGCCCCGGAUCUCGACUCCCCACAAUCCCCCAACGGCACCACCAGCCGCGGCCGUACCAACAACGAUGGCUAUUACCAAGACCUCCACAACAACAACAUCAGUACAGAUUACGGUAAUAACAGCGGCAGCAACAAUAAUAACAAUAAUUCCUUCAACAAUAACCAGGCAUCCGCGGCACCGCCCAGCGUCCCAGCCAAGGACAUCGCGAGGAAGCCCGUUGCGGCCUUCUCGCUCUCGCCAUCUGAUUCGCCUUCUUCGACAGCUAAUACCGGCGCCAUCGCCGGUUCUCCUACGGCGGCGGCGGCGGUUUCUUCAUCCGGGAAACGGAUGAGUGGCUUUAGGCGGUUUAACAAAUCGUGA